GGCUGAGUCAGGGGGAGUUCUCCGGGCGAGCGCAAAGGGAGCGAGCUGCAUGACUCCGGAGCCAGUGACUCUGCCGCGGGCAGGGGGAGGUGGUGAAUGAAGGGGGUGUGUGUGUGCGCGUGCGGCGCUUACAAUCAUCCACUCUGGAACAACCACGAUCUGACUCAGCCUGACGGCAGCGCCGGAGAACUGGCCAAGUGGCGCAGUGGCCGCGUAGCCGCGAGGAGCCCCCGCACCCUUCAGCGCUGAAAGGGGAUCGCCUCGCCCUGCUUGCAGGUGCACGUGCACCUCUGCUGGUGUCCUUAGCGCCGCGCCUCCUAGGCGGCUUCUGCCCUCGCACGUUCCCAAUGGGAUGAUCCCGCUGCUUGGGAAUGUAGCGGGAGGCGUUGGUGUCCUGCUAGAAACCCCUAGAGCGGACCCCGGCUGGAAUACCGCGUUGUUGGCUUUAGCAGAGACAGGUUAAAUCUCUAACAAUGAAGACUGUUGCUGCGUUUACUUCUGGGAUUAUUGUAUUCCUGUUUUCUUUGGUGCAAAGGACCAGUGGACAAUGUAAAGAAGCAGCUAUAAAGUCAGAGAUGAAUGUGAGCAUCAAUUAUCAUCUUCCUCAUUUUAUCACAGAAACACCAAUACAGAAUAUAGUUUUAUAUAAGCAUCAUAUCUAUAUCGGAGCAGUCAACAAGAUCUAUGUCUUAAAUGAAAAUCUCCAGAACAUUUCUGUGUACAAGACUGGACCCGUGCUGGAGAAUCCUGAUUGUGCACCAUGUGAAGAUUGCAAAGAGAGAGCCAAUUUAUCCAAUAGUGUUUGGAAGGAUAAUGUCAACAUGGCUCUGCUCCUAGAAACGUACUAUGAUGAUCAGCUCAUCAGCUGUGGUAGUGUAACUCGAGGUGUGUGUCAACGUCACAUCAUUCACCCGGACAACCCUGCAGACAUAGAAAGUGAAGUGCACUGCAUGUACUCAAAGCAGAGGGAUGGCGAGUCAGACAACUGCCCUGACUGUGUUGUAAGCACUUUAGGAACCAAAGUUUUGGUGACUGAAAAGGACAGAUUUGUAAACUUUUUUGUUGGGAAUACUGUGAAGUCUUCAUUUCAACCACAGCAUGCACUACAUUCAGUGUCGGUUAGAAGGUUAAAAGAAACCCAGGAUGGUUUUGAGUUUCUCACAGAUCAUUCUUAUAUGGACAUUCUCCCACAGUUCAGGGACUCUUAUCCCAUUAAGUACGUCCAUGCCUUUGAAAAUGACCACUUUGUCUACUUCCUAACAGUCCAGCGUGAAUCUCUUGACUCCCAGGCUUUUCACACAAGAAUCAUCCGUUUCUGCUCUUUUGAUUCCGAGUUGCGCUCUUACAUGGAGAUGCCUCUUGAGUGCAUUUUUACUGAAAAGCGGAGAAAGAGGUCAAUUCGAAAUGAGAUAUUUAAUAUUCUGCAGGCUGCGUAUGUCAGUAAGCCAGGUGCAGUUCUGGCCCAUGAAAUGGGGCUUAGCGUGAACGAUGACAUUCUGUAUGGUGUCUUUGCACAAAGCAAGCCAGACUCUUCAGAACCAACAAACAGAUCGGCUGUCUGUGCAGUCUCUGUCCGAACAAUCAAUGAAUUCUUCAACAAGAUUGUAGACAAGCAAAACAUGAAAUGUCUUCAGCACUUUUAUGGGAAAGAUAGCAAAUAUUGUUUGAAAAGGCAAAGGUGCUGCUUUCUCAGGAAAGCCAACUAAUAACGCUCACCUCCAGACUUUUAAAUCAGAUCCUUUGAUUGAAGAGAAGGCUGCCCAUCGGUCACUAGUGUGGCAAGAGAAUGUACUGCAUACUCUGAAAAUGCACAGCCCAAACUUCUAGUAGUUCAAUGAACAGUUUCUAGAUGUUGACCGGUGGAUUGAAUUUUUUUUUUUUUAUGUCUCAGAUUUGUAAAAUGCCUUUGAAUGUCUCUUAAAGCAUGUGAACAUUAAUUAAAUAACAAAAUAACAGUUUUUUUCAUAUCAGGCUGAAGCCAGUCUCCAACCUUGCCUCCUUCAAAGUUCCUUCCCAUCCCCUCCGUUCCACAAAUGAUGCCAUCCUUUGUCCCACUCCUGCCUCUGACCCUUCUUCCAUCCCAUCCCCUAUGCUUGGGACACUCUCCCUAGGUCUGUUUCUAAAGUCACCUCCUUCUCCUCAGUCACACCCCUCCUAAAAACCCACUUUUGCUGUGUCACCUAUAAGAAGCAAAAUGAACAAACAUAAUAAUGUACUGCAUCGUCCAAACGGGCACAUGUGCCUUACUGCGUAACCACAUUGUCUGAGAUACAGUCAUAGAGUUUAAGGCCAGAAGAGACCACCAGAUCAUUUAGUCUGACCUCCUGUACAUCACAGGGUACUGAAACCACCC